AUGCCCACCCCGCCCAGCACGUCCUGGUGGUCCUCAUCGGUCGAAUCUACGCUGGCCUGGACGAGUCUCCGCCCGUAUCGUCUGUUGCAGUCGCCUCUAAUCUCGGUCACUGAUGUGGACGACGAGGCUGAUUCCGUAGGGCUGUAUGCUGACCCAUGGUGCGCUUCGGUGUACAUCCCUCCCCAUCUUCGCAACACACACGCGGCCUCUUCCCGUGGAGCACUGGAUGAUAGAGCCGAAAUGACUGCCCUGAUCAGUCGAUUUCUCAAAUACAUCCACGCCAAACAGCCCAUAGUGGACCCUGACGUCCUCUAUGGCCAGAUUUCGGUGGUGGAGGAGGAAGGUCUUGGUUGGGACGAGCGCACCUGUUUACUGUUGAUUGCCUGCGCACUGGGUGGCAUUUGCAUGCCAUAUGAUCACGAACUGCUCGAGGAGUAUUCGAAGCCGUCAAUCGACCCUGAGCAGUACUUGCGUAGCCGUGAAUAUUUCGAUGCAGCCCGCAAAAGGCUUGGCUUGGUUAUGGGUCAUGCGAGUAUUAUUGGUGCGCAGUGCUUUUUUCUUACAGCCGGCUAUUAUGUGACCUCAUUUAAACCGCUGGCAUCAUGGAGGUGCUUGAACAAUGCGAGUUUGAUGUGCAAAGAUGUGCUGAUGAAGAUACUGGGCGCCCCGGCUCUGACCCAAGGCGCCUUGGCGAGUGUGGACAAGCUGGAUAACUCACACCGCAAACUGUUCUGGAGUUGCCUCAAAACAGAGAGAGAAGUUGCGGUUGAGCUGGGAUUCGAGAUUGCAAGCGCCCAGCUCGUCCAAUAUGAGAACCUGCCAUUACUUCUACCUGAGCUGGAGCCCUCCUGGUCGCCUGCAUCUGACACGCUCGAUGGCUUGGCUUCAUCACCAACGCAACACGAACAGAGCUGGCUAUACUACUUGACGGAUAUCUCACUCCGAAAGUUGGAAAUCAGGAUCGACUCAUUCUUCGCUACACAACAAACUAGGCAUCAUGAGCCAACCAUAGAGGCUCGUGAAUCGUUUUACGGAGACAUCCUUGCCACUCUGGCGGAUUUAGAUCAGCAGAUCAUGGAACACUUUACGCGUCUGCCUGGCCCCAUCACCAUAGAGACAGAUGAGUCCGGCCACAGCCCCGACGACCUACGAGAGUAUCUCAGACUUCGGAUGAUCAUCAUCCGCCACACCUUGAGCAGGCCAGCCAUCUACUUGAUCCUUCAUGGAGAAUUGGACGGUCUGCCUGUGCUGCUACGAGCCCAGGCGACUGAAAUUGCCAACAGAGCGCUGCAGAUCAACGAGUACCUUGUGUCGCAUGGCUUGACUACACACCGUCACCCUGGGACCUGGCUAGGAAUCCGCUACUGCGCACGCGCAGCUUUAGAGCUGUUUGCCACAGCAAAGAGUUCAAUUACAGACCUGAAGCCCUCUUCCUCGUGGGAGAUUGGUAUUCGCAAACUGAAGACUGCCCUGAAAUACUGGGGAGCUGAAAGCGCCGAUGCUAGGAUGUAUCUCGAGUGGAUUGCACGAUUGGAAUCGCCACCGGAACCUGGAGAUGGCAUUCCAACUGCGGCUCUAUCAUAA